AUGACGAGUAGUUCGGUUAUAAGUGAAUGUGAAAGUAGCGAAAGCGAUGGGGAACAGAGUGAUGAUACAGCUUCUGAAGGUGAAGCAGGUACACUUUUGCACUCUUCCGCACAAGAUCCAACGCAACCAGGAAGUCCGCAACGGCACCUACAAACUGGGACGAAUGAUUCAAGUCAAGAGCUGAGUGAGAAACUAUAUCCAGGCUGCAGAAUUAGCCGAGCAGAAAGCCUUUUGCUAAUAAUGGGGCACAGUCUGCGACACCACUCUACGAAAGAGGCAACAGAAAGCCUUCUCAAGGUGAUUGAAGCCCACCUACCGAAGGAUACAAACUUUCCUGUUUCAAAAUACUUAUUCUUCAAGGAGUUUUGUGGAUCAAGUUGUGCUACAUGUCUUCACAUGUACUGCCCCUCCUGUCACUCCUACAUAGGAGAAAUAAAUCACGUUACACCUGACUGCUACUGCACAAACUGCGAGACAUCACAUAGCACAGAUACGCUCGUGAAAACUGGCUCAUACUUCGUUAUGCUCGACAUCAAACAGCAGCUGCAACAUCUCCUUCAGCGACCAGACUUGAACUUCAAGUUUACAGACCGUAGGAUGUCACUUGAUGUGAAGGAUAUCACAGAGAGCAAAGCAUACCAUACGCUACCAUUGGAGGAUGGAGACUUGUCACUGACCUGGAACACGGAUGGAGUACCAGUGUUCGUAUCGUCAAAGUUCUCCAUUUGGCCACUGCAACUGAUGGUGAACGAGUUGCCACAGAGACAACGCUUUGACAACAUUAUUCUAGGUGGCCUCUGGUUUAGUUCAUCAAAGCCUGAGAUGAACUGUUUUCUGCGUCCUUUUGUGAAGGAAAUGAAUAUGCUGUCAUCUGACGGAAUGACUUGGGUGGAUGCUAGCGGCAGAGAACAUACAUGUAGAGUAUUUCCUGGUGCCUGCUGUGUGGACACCGUCGCCCGUUGUGCCGUCACGAACACCACACAGUUCAAUGGUGCAUUUGGAUGUGUAUGGUGCGAACACGAGGGGAUUGUUGUGGAAAAGGGGAGAGGCUCUGCACGCGUGUACCCUCAUCAAGCUGCACCUGCAAAGUGUCGAACAGAUAAGACGUUCAGGAAAUAUGCACAAAGAGCCCAGGUGUCUGGCGAACCGUGCCGUGGUGUAAAGGGUCCCAGCGUUUUGUAA